CGGACUUUAGACCCAGAACAUGUCAGUGAUUAGAUCCCCGCAGCUGUCUGAUCUGUGUGGACCAGCUGUUAAACUUACUCUAUAGCUUUAACGCUACUCAAAGCGACCGAUGGAUUUCCACAAACUCUGCACUUUUGAAACUUUUAAAGAGUGUUGGAGUCACUAUGGCUACGGAGACGACUUUCAAGACGUGAUAGAGCAGGAGUUCACACGAACUAAAGGAAUAUCAUAUUUGGAUCAUGCAGCAGCUACACUCUACCCGGAGUCUCUGGUGAGAGACUACUGCCUGGACAUUACAAGGAACGUGUACGGAAACCCUCACAGCCACAGCCCCAGCAGCAGAUUGACACAUGACACUGUGGAGAGGGUCAGAUACAGGGUAUUGCAACAUUUUAACACCACCCCUGAGGAAUACUCUGUGAUUUUCACUUCUGGUUGCACAGCCGCUCUCAAAUUAGUGGCUGAGAGCUUUCCCUGGAGGCCACAGACUGAGAGCGAAGCGGGGAGUCGUUUCGCCUACCUCACAGACAGCCAUACCUCUGUAGUUGGCAUAAGAGGACUGACGACUGGCCGCGGGGCUGUCACCCUGCCCGUCUCCCCACAGGAAGUGGAAAACAAGGCAAAGGUUGAAACUCAAGGUGAAGAUGUUAUUUGCCACACGCCGCACCUCUUCUGCUACCCUGCACAGAGCAACUUCUCUGGGAGGAAGUAUCCCCUUAGCCAUGUGAAAGGCAUCCGGGCGAGACACCUUUACCCAGCGUGUGACCACCAAGGAUGCUGGUUUGUGCUGCUUGAUGCAGCCUCUCAUGUCAGCUGUGCCCCUUUAAACCUACAAGACUGCCCCGCUGAUUUCAUUCCCAUCUCCUUCUACAAGAUGUUUGGCUUCCCUACAGGUCUGGGGGCCCUUCUUGUCCGUAACAACACAGCAGGCAUACUAAAAAAGACUUAUUUUGGAGGAGGCACAGCAGCAGCUUACCUUUCUGGAGAAGAUUAUUAUGUGCAGGCGGCAAACCUUUCUGACAGAUUUGAAGAUGGCACUGUCUCUUUCUUGGAUAUCAUCGCUCUGAAUCAUGGUUUUGAAGCCCUUUACAAAAUCACAGGGGGCAUGCACAAUAUCCAGCAGCACACAUUUGGCUUGGCACGCUACACUUACAUGCUGCUGUCAAGUCUUUGCCAUGGCAACGGGCGACCAGUGGCUCAGAUAUACACCGAAGGCCAGUUUGAGAGUCCAAGCACACAAGGUGCAAUCUUAAACUUCAACCUCACGAAUUCUCAAGGACAGAUAAUUGGAUAUUCUCAGGUGGAUAGAAUGGCAAGUCUGUACAAUAUUCACAUGCGCACAGGUUGCUUCUGCAACACCGGGGCCUGUCAGUCCUUUCUCGGGAUCACCGACCACCAGAUGAGGAGAAACCUGCAGGCUGGACACAUAUGUGGAGACAGCAUCGACCUGGUGGACGGCCAGCCGACCGGAUCUGUUCGUGUAUCAUUUGGCUACAUGUCGACAUUUGAAGACUGCCGAAGGUUCUUGAACUUUGUUGCCGACUGCUUCGUAGAGAAACCGGUGACGGUAGACCAAGUUAGAUUGAAAAGACUGAAAAUAGCUGCAGGACCUCAGGAUUCAAAUCACGAUCCUGCAAUCAAAAUCACUAAUGGAGAAAUACAUAUAGUAGAGGAGAAGGAGAAACUCACAGAAGCAUCACUGAAGGGAUUUGGAAACAUAGAUUUAAAAAACAGCCACGGGGAGGCUUAUACUCUGACCAACAUCUACAUAUAUCCUAUCAAAUCAUGUGGAGCAUAUGAGGUCCAUGACUGGCCUGUGGGUCCUCUGGGUUUACUGUAUGACAGAGGCUGGAUGGUGGUGAAUGGAAACGGUGUGUGCCUGAAUCAGAAGAGAGAACCACGUUUAUGCCUCAUUCGCCCACAAGUCCAUUUGCCCUCAAACAAAUUGCUCCUGCAGGCAUCAGGGAUGGAUACCAUUUCGGUUCCGCUUGACGACAACUCUCAAAUGCACAGAAGCUAUCGGGUGUGUCAGAGUAAAGUUUGUGGUGACAGGGUGGAGACUGUUGACUGCGGGGAUGAGGCUGCAUCAUGGCUUUUAGAGUUCCUUGGACAGCCCUGCCGCCUGAUAAGACAAAGUCCUGAUUUCACCCGAGACAUGAAGAAAAGGCCCAGCGGAGCUGCUAUCUCCACUUCCCUCUCCCUGGUGAAUGAAGCUCAGUAUCUCAUGAUCAACCGUGCCAGCGUGGAGCUCAUUCAGAAACUAAUGAGCAGCAGGCAGGACUAUUCUGAGGGCGAGCAGCCUCUUGACACACAGAAUGUCAUUAGCCGCUUCCGAGCCAAUUUAGUCAUCGCUGGGGGUGAACCAUUUGAGGAAGAUAAUUGGUCGCACUUGAUUAUUGGCACCACUCGAUUCGUGGUCGCGGGUCAGUGCAGACGGUGCCAGAUGGUCGGAGUAGACCAGGACACUGGGACCAAAACAAAGGAGCCACUUAUGUCCCUGUCUGCCUACCGCAAUGGGAAGGUGACUUUUGGUUUGUACCUGACCCAUCAGCUACCAGAGGGCUCCACCCCAGCCAUUUUCCUCUCCGCUGGUUCCCUUAUACUGCCAGAGCCACGCAGAUCUUAAAGUGCUCAUCUGCAACAUCCUCUUUUAUAUAUUUUGUUGACAUCUUGGGUCUUAAAGCAGUCAUUUCUGCGCUGUACGUCUUAAAAAUGACCUGUCAAACACUGAAGAGUUUCUAUAGACACUGCUCUUUUCUUUCCCUGUGUGGUCCUGAUGUCUUUUCAUGUCUGGCCAUUCAGAUCUCAUUCUGUCAAAGUCAGUUUUGAUGGGAAAUGAAUGAGAUUUUUGUAUGUUUUUCCCAGCGGUUAGGUUCUUAAAAUGCAUGCAAUAAAGUAAAUGUGAAGCCCUAAUUGCAUGACACAUUUAUAACUUGAAUGUGUUAGUGUUAUUUGAGGCAAAACAUGUCCGUCUUGAUGCAAUAAUCUCUGCUCAUGAUACCCUCCCAGACAGUUAUUCCUCUGUUUACUCCCGCGGAGGUUUAUAUUGCUAUUUAUUCCAAACACACCGCUGUUGCUGCUGCCAGAAAUCUAAAACAUAUUGCUCCCUGUGAAUGAAUAACCUACCAGAUACAGAGCCCAUGCUUAUAUAUCUGUAAGUAUACGCUCAGAAUAGUGCUGUGUUGGCCAUUCAAUUCAUUCCCAAGAAGAGUAACAAUGUGAUAUAAAGAGGAUAGGAUAUUUGUAUUGCCUGAGAGAUAGGAAUGUCACAUAUCUUGACCACCAUUUGAAGUCUGAGAUGCUCAGGGUGACAUGCUUUUACGUAAACCACGUACGCUCAACUGAUCUGUCAAGGUCUGGCUGUUCAAUGCCCCUUUAUACUGCUCACCAAUGUGAAGGUACACAAAUGGGCUGCUGCUGUGUGUCCCAAGGUUUAGUAUCGCUUGUGGCAUGUUGGUCAGUAUGUGUCUGAGUCUGCUCACAUGCCCGCCGGUUGUAAGAGCAGCAAAAACUGUGCCCAGUAUGUAGACAGGUGGCGAAUGAAAAACACUGAUAAUGAUUGUUGCUAAAAAAAGGUUUGUAAUUGCUAUUUUUUUAAUCAGAUAUUUAGAAGUGACAUGAUAGCCUAUAGAAGUGACAUUUCACUUUCUA